AUGGAGGCCCUCCAGGAUUUCGACAUCAACCAUGCGCUAAAGACAUACCUCAACAACCCGCUGGAGACCGACACGCCCGACGCGCAUCCCCACCUGCUCGAGUGCGAACACAACCCCGAGGACCUGACUCCUGCCCUGGUCAACACGGUCCUCAACCCCAUCGUGGAUGCCAUAACAGAAAACCCUGAAGCUGUCGCUCGUUCGGCCAACUUUGACUCGUUGCAGUUCCUUCUCAAGUGCGCUCCCACCCAUCAAGCAGACGCCUCUCAGUCACAUGUGCCUGACAAUGACCUCAGAAAGUUCAUCCUCAUCCCCACCCAGUCGCUCUCCAAGCUUCUCGACCUCAUCCUUUCCGCUCUCUCCGCCGAGGCCGACGCUGUCCACAAUGAUAUCGAAGCCGACGAACAAGACUCGAUCCCCCAGCACAAGCUGCUCCUCGAGAUGCUCUCCUUCCUCCUCAUGUGGUGCUUCACCAGCGUCGAAUCAAGAGUCGCCUCGGAAAAGUCGGCUGCACCUGCCGCUCGUGCAAGAGGAGGAAAGCCUGCUACAACAAAAAAAUCUGCAAAGGACGCACCCUGGGAUCCCUCGAUGCAGAUUCAGUCGGCCCUCAACACUAUGGCAAAGGUCAUGAAGCUCAAGCUCGCGAGGAUCUUCGUCACCACCUCCGAGCGCGACACCAUCAUCGGCCUCUUCACCCGCCCCGUCUACCUCAUGAUGGAGAACGAAGCAAGAGUCAAGAACACCGCCAUCAAAAUGCACGCCUUCAAGGUCUUGUGUAUCGCCAUCAAGCAUCACGGUCAUGCCUCUGGAGCCCAGACAAAUAUCAUCCAGAGCCUUUUGUACUUUGAGCACCUCUCGGAACCAAUGGCUGAGCUGCUGAACAUUCUCGCUGAGCAAUACGACUAUCCUCAACUCUCCGAAGAAGUCUUGCGCGAGCUGAGCAACCAAGAAUUCAGCAGCAGCGACUUGAAGGGCCCCAAGUCUGUUUCGACUUUCAUCACAAAGUUUUCCGAGCUGGCACCGCGACAGGUCAUCAAGCAAGUCAUGCUGCUCGCCAAACUGCUUGACAGCGAAUCCUACACUUUGCGCUGUUCCAUCAUUGAGGUCUGCGGAAAUCUGAUUGCCAUGUUGAGCAAGCAGGAAGGCGAAGAGCGCAGUGAGAACCACAAGGGUCAGAUCAAUGCCUUNUUCGAAGUGCUCGAAGAACGUUUCCUCGACGUCAACCCCUACUGCAGAUGUCGCGCGCUUCAAGUCUACGUGAAGCUUUGCGACCUCGAAACAAAGUAUCCCAAGCGCAGACAGAUCGCAGCAGAGCUUGCUUGCCGGAGUCUGGAAGAUAAAAGCAGCAAUGUCCGCAGAAACGCCAUCAAGCUGCUCGAGAAGCUCAUGCAGACACAUCCCUUCGCUGUCCUGCACGGUGGACAACUCUCCUACUCGGACUGGAACUCACGUCUGGAAGUCUGCGAGGGCGAGCUCAAUGCUCUGAAGCCACCACAGGAAGCUGCUGGUAUGGUGGAACAACAAGAAGCCACAGUCGACGAGGAGCUAUUGGAUGAUGCCACGCAAAUGUCCCCUGUGAAGGAAAAGCCAGCCAUGACUGAAGAGCAGAAGCAGGCAGCGUUCGAGAAAGCCGCUGCCGAAGCUGUCACGUCUGAGAUGAUGAGCAAGCUCACACUUACUCGUCGCUACUACAUCGAGGCGCUCAAGUUCAUCGAAGUACUACACGAAGCCUCGCCCAUUAUCACACAACUGCUCGCUUCCAAGAACAAGUCUGAAGUCAUCGAGGCCAUGGACUUCUUCGUCAUCGCAAACGCCUACAACAUCGAGACUGCCCGCACGGGUAUCCGAAAGAUGUUACGCCUCAUCUGGACCAAGGGUAACAGUGAUGAAGGCAAGGGUGUGCAAGCUCAUCUCAUAGAAUGUUACAAGGGCUUGUUCUUCGAGGCUCCGAGCGGCUUCUCUGCAAACGACUCUGCCAACUUCAUCGCCAGGAAUAUGGUCAGUCUGACAUUCGGAGCGACAGCUGCCGAGUUGACCAGUCUGGAGCAACUGCUUAGCACGAUGAUGCAAUCAGACUUCAUCAAGGAGGCGACUAUACAGAAGCUGUGGCAGAUAUACGGCAUUGAGAAGAGAGAAAUCUCGAAAAAUCAACGUCGCGGUGCCAUCAUUGUACUUGGUAUGCUCGCCUUGGCUGAUCCCGAUAUCAUCGUCAAGGAGAUGGAAAGAUGUCUUCGCAUUGGUCUCGGAGCUUACGGCAGAACAGAUCUGGUUCUGGCCAAGUUCACCUGCAUUGCUCUGAUGCGCAUGAAUAACCCCAAGCACACCAAGGGCGUCCAAGCUGCACCAACUUCAACGCGGCUGCCGAACGACCAUGCCGUUCUCCAGAAGCUGGCUGCCAUGGCAGAUGUGAAGUCUUCAAACAAGCAGUGGUAUGGUCUUGCCGAACAAGUCAUCAGCGCCAUCUACGCUCUGUCCAAGCAUCCUGAUGAGUUAGCAUCCGAGAUUCUCAGGUUCAAGACGAAAAAGGUCUUCUCAGCGGCUGCAGUAUCGACCAAGUCAGAAUCGGUCGAAGUCAAAGAUGACGGUGACGUCGAAAUGAGUGGCAUGGACGACGAGCCGAUGGGAGAUGCUCUUCCAAUCAAGAAGGAAGAGGAGGAAGUCAAGAUGCCCGAGGCUGAGGAUUCUGCUCUGCCCUUGUCUCAACUACUUUUCACUGUCGGUCACAUUGCCAUCAAGCAGAUCGUUCAUCUAGAACUUUGUGAGAUGGAUUUCAAACGCCGAAAGAUGGACAAGGAAAAGCAGGCCGCCGCAGAUCCCACACCAGUCAAGAAGGGUAAGGGGGCAAAGAAGGAUGCGAAAGACGUCAAAGAAGAGGAACAAGAUGAUCUCGACCUCAUCACUGGCACGACCGAGGAUGACUUUACCGACGCCAUCGCACACGUACGUGAGAGAGAGCUUCUCUAUGGCCCUCAAUCGUUGCUGGCCAACUUUGGCCCGCUGGUUCGCGAGAUUUGCAUGAACAACACAUCAUACGCCAACCAAGAGUUGCAGGCACAAGCAGCUCUGUGUUUGGCCAAGCUCAUGUGUGUGAGCUCAGAAUAUUGCGAGCAGAACUUGGGACUGCUUAUCACCAUCCUCGAGAGAAGUCCCGAUGCCACGACUCGCAACAAUCUGGUGAUUGCUCUCGGAGACAUGGCAGUCUGCUUCAACCACCUGAUCGACGAGAACACCGACUACCUCUAUCGCCGCUUGUCUGACAGAUCACUACCGGUCAAGCGCACCUGUUUGAUGACGCUGACGUUCUUGAUCCUUGCUGGACAAGUCAAGGUCAAGGGUCAACUCAGUGAGAUGGCCAAGUGUGUCGAGGACAGUGACGAUAGAAUGCGCGACAUGUCACGCAUGUUCUUCAGCGAGCUGGCAGGCAAGGACAAUGCAGUCUACAACCAGUUCGUCGACAUGUUCAGUCUGCUUUCUCGUGACGAGGAACUCGAGGAAGACCAGUUCCGGCGCAUCAUCAAGUUCUUGUCAGGAUUCAUCGAAAAGGACAAGCACGCGAAACAGCUUGCCAACAAGCUGGCAGCCAGACUGCCUCGCGCAGAGAAUGAGAGGCAAUGGAACGAUGUCGCAUAUGCACUGGGCCUUUUGCAACACAAGGACGAAGAGAUUACCAAGGUGGUCAAUGAGGGGUACAAGGUUGUUCAAGCGCAGGCUUAA